AGCAGCAACGUUUGAAAACAAAUCAAUUCAUCAAAACAAACUUUUUCUAUGAAACAAAUUACCGGUGAAUUUUAAACUCCUUGAAAGUAUUUCGACUAAAUGACGGGUUCAGACGGAAAGGCGAAAGUUUACACAAGUAUCCACGAUGCAGUAAGACAUGGCGAUAUCGCUCAAUUGGAGUUUAUGGUAAAGAAUGGGGCAGGAAUAAAUGAAGUUGAGACGUCGACAAAGUUCACCCCAACACACUGCGCAUGUUUUGUUGGCGCAUUAGAAUGCUUACAUUGGCUGUUAUGGCAUGGAGCAGAUACCAGUGACGUUACACCACGCGGGUGGACGCCUUCACAUAUUGCUGCUAUACGCGGCCAAGAUGCAUGUAUGCAGGCUCUUGUAAGCAAUGGUGCAAAUCUAUCAAGUAAAGACGACCGUGGUAGCACCCCAUUACACCUCAGUGCAUCUCAUGGACAUUCAUUCACACUACAGACAAUCUUAAGAAGUGGAGUGGAUGUUGGUGCAUCGGACUUUAAUGGUUGGCUACCAUCACAUAGUGCGGCUUUCCAUGGAAGGUUGGGAUGUCUUCAAAUGUUGAUUAAAUGGGGGGCAAACACGGACGAUGUCGACAACUCUGGAAACACAGCUGCUCAUCUUGCAGCACAAGAAGGUCACCUUCCGUGUUUGAAAUAUUUAAUUUCUGUUGGAUCGAGUGUCGAGCACGUAUUAUUAGCCCAUAAUGAUCAAGGAGAAACCCCAAAAGACCUCGCUCAUCGAUUUUAUAAAAGUUCAAUUAUUGAUUACUUGAAUAACAUGGAGUAUGAACAAGAACAUCCAGAAGCUGAAGAAAAUCUUGCUUUUCCUGCUCAUGUAGCAGCAUACAAAGGUGACUUGGUUGUGCUGAAGGCCCUCAUUGAGCAAGGUGUUAUUAACAUCAAUGAAAGAGAUGAGAAGAUGUCAACACCAUCGCAUAAAGCAGCUGGACAGGGACAUGUGGAAGUGUUGCAGUGGCUUGUUGAAAUGGGUGCAAACAUGGAAAUUCGGAACUCGUCGGGUGAAACACCAUUCGACGUCGCCAAGAGGUUCGCGCAACUUUCGUGCGUUAAGUUACUUGGUGGGGAUGAAUCAGAUGAAACAUCAACUGAUGAUGAGGAUUACAAUAAUGAUGAAAACUCACUUCAAGUUAUUAAGCAAAGCAAAAACCCAGCAUUAAAUCGUUCAUUAAGAAAAAUUGAAGAAUUAGAAAAAUUAUUGGAAAUCGCAAAAUCAAACUACAAGCAGUUUGGUGGGGUACUACCUGAGGAUAAGAGAAAAUAUAAAGAAGAACAAGAAAAUAAAAGAGUAAUUCAAGAAUUAGAAGCUCAGCUUGAAUACGAGAGAGUUCGUAGAGAAAGAUUGGAAUCAGAACUUGAUGACUACAGAGCUGAAACUGCUCACCUCAAUCUACAAAUAGAAGAAAUAACCAACCAACUUCAACAAGCCAGAGGGGCACUUAAUGAAAUGAAUGUUGAAAAAACACAACGGAAGAAAAAAGUUAAAAAGAAAAAAGAUUUGUCGGGAGGUACAUUUGUGAGAAGGACAUUUAAUUGAAGAAUGAAAACGAUUAUGACUGAAAGUUACCGAGAUGACACUCACUAAAGACUGUUUUCACUAUGUUGAAAAUCAAGGUGUUUGAUAAAUAUCACACCAAUAAAAGUUAUACUAAUGCAUGAAAAAUUUACAUGAGUAACUAAAAACUGUGUUUUACUGUGUUUGAAAUCAAGCAGUUCUCUUUUUGUUUGAUAAUUAUAAGCAGAAACUACAAUUUUAAAACUUUUUUACCAAAAUCAUGAAUCUUGUGCACAAAAAUAUUUAAAAAUUUACACGAAUGCUUAAUUACUGAAAAGUUAUUUUAUAUUUUUUGUAUAAAAGCAAUAGCUUUGUGGUUUUGUAAUAAUGUAGCGCUAAUGUUUACGUCAAUGUUUAUGUCAAUGUGAAUGUCUGUAUGCUAAUGUUUAUGUAAUGUUUAUGUCAUUAUGUUAAUAAAUAAAUGUUACUUAUU